CUACAGCAACCGUUUCGGUAGGGAACUGCGGCACCGGCAAGGUUGGCGAAUCGCUUACGUUGUCUUCGGCAGAUACCGUCUCCUUGCUAAAUCCGGAACGCGAGUGCUAUAAAGAUAUAUUAAUUAUAUUGUCCUUGUUCUCCCUCUCUGUUGCCCCCGCCGCCGUCGUUGGUUACCAGACGCUACCCUCUGUACUCGCGGCCCUCGCUUCUUGAGAGAGACCAUGACCACCGCCGACGCGAGUUUAAUAAUGGGGGGAUACUCGCGUCAUAUGGCUUGCAAGCCUUGCCGUGACCGGAAGGUUCGCUGUCCUGGCGAGCAGCCGAUAUGCGAGAAGUGCCGGCGGUCAGGGGACGAAUGUAUCUACCUCCCGACCCAGAAGGCCACCAAGGCCGAUUUAGCCCAAACUGUGGAGGAUCUGCAGAAGAGAUUAGGUGAAGCAGAAGCCCGAAUUUCUAAAAUGGGCGGCCUUUCAAACAAUAACAUGAGUACCCCUUAUUCUUACGGCUCCGAUUGGUCUGGUAACAGCGAAUUUUCAACCCUGGUAUCGUCCAGCGUUGCGACUCCUUCUAUCGUACCCCUGGGCGGGAUCAGCCCUUCCACCAACCAGCCCGGACACCCAGACUUAUUGUAUCAGUCGUCGCUUCAGGCGGCGGGGAUGUUAAGUAACGAAUUUAUGGAGGCGUCCCAAGGAGUUAACCAGCAUAAGAUGGACGGGAGGAAAGGCUCAGCCCAGUUCCGGGUAGACGAGAGAGUGACCUUCGAUAACGCCAAUAUGGAUUUUUACUCAAAAAGGGGGCACCCUUCCCAACAAGACAGCAGUGACCACGGGCAGGAGAGCAUAUAUACGCGGAAUCUGUCGUCGGGCCGCACCACGAUUCCUUCACCCACGCCCUCACGCGAUCCUGCGGCGAUGGGGAAAGUAAGCGAAGAGACGGGAGCCGUCAUCCUCAACACACUCGCAGCAUUCUCUUCGGCCAUGUUCCGCACACAGUGCGAGGCGGCGGGGAUGGCUUCCGUAGUGGCCGAUUACAUCGCCUGGAUUCGCGCAGUGCCGACCAACAGCUCUCCGCUCAAUUCCAGCGAGGUGAUCAGGAGCAUGCUCGAGAACAUCGAGAUUCGCCUCCGCGAGCUGGGCGAAUUAGCGCAGCAGAAGCACCACGGGGAGUUGCGAGAGCUCCUGACGGCACUCGAGGGGGUGGCGCCGCCAGGCGGCUCGAUGGCCGCGAGGCUCAGCAGUCUAGAAGAAGAUCUCCAGAGACAAUCGCUUGAGCUGUCCCAGUUCUUCAAAACGCGCUAUGACCCCUGUACCGCCCUCGCGGGGCAGCCUCGGGGCACGUCCUGACGGCCUGACGGCAAGACCGCGUGUAGCUUACGACGAACACGCGACGGAUUGCUUAGAAGAAAGAAGUCUUAACGCGAUACAUUUGGGAUUAUGACAAGACCGAGUGCCGGCGUUAUGCCACCACAAGCUUAGCUCUCAAGGCAUCCUUGCCAUCCCCCGGAGCCCCUAAACCUACCUACGAUGUCCGGAGUUGCGGCAACGGCCGGUACACAAUGUACCCAAAGAGGGUACCCAUGAUCAAAAAGUACAUGGGUUGCCGGAAAAUAUUUUAUGUCAAGUUGUUAGACGACGGGGUCAGCACCCCGUAACCCCGUACGCGGUAUAUUUUUUUUGAUCCAUGGGGUCUUACCGUACCGUUAGGUAUAGAUACAAGUCGGGUUCGACUUUAUAAAUGCACAUAUAUCAUAGCUCCCUCCACGCCUCAUGCCAUCA